GCGGAGUGAUCAACGAGGGUCGUGACUGCCUUCUGAUUCUCUUUACUCUCAAUCAAUUUGCGCCUCGACUGAUCAAGUCGUCAACACGCGCCUGCGCCCUUCUAUAUGCGCGCCCUUUUUGCUGCCACAUCUUUCCGGCGCAUAUUUACACGCUUGAUCAGACCAGCCCACCAAAAGGUCCUUCCCCUCACUAACUUCCGCGCAAUGGCUUCCGAAGCCAAGGACAUUACGGCGCCGCCCGCCGACAAGCAGAUCAUCGCCCACGAGGGCAAGCGCUACGUCACAGUCAAAGAAGGCCUCGCCCACAUUCUCGUUCCAGAACCGUCCGAAGAGGACAAGGAGAACCUCAGGCCCGACCAGGCUGUCCGACAGGUCUUCUACAAUCCCAUCCAGCAGUACAACAGAGACUUGACCGUCCUUGCCAUCAAGGCCUACGGCAAGGAAGCGGUCCAACAGAAGCAAGCCAGCCACUCCAAGCUUGAGAAGAUCAUCGAGAAGAAGAGGAAGCGACAGGCACAGAAGCAGGACCAGCAACCGAACAAGGCCCAAAAGGGGGCAGACGGCGAGAAGGCGACCACCGAACCCGCGACUGAUGCUACGACAGAACAAGAGACCGACGUUCCCGUCGACAAGGGCGACGAACAGGCUACGAACGGGGAAGCCAAAAAGGGAAAGCAGCCACCAUUUACCGUCCUCGAUGCGCUAUCAGCCAGUGGCCUUCGUGCCCUGAGGUAUGCCCACGAAAUCCCGUUCCUCACCUCAGUAACGGCGAACGAUCUCCUCGCGACCGCUGUCGAAUCGAUCAAGCUCAACGUGAAGCACAACCGCCUCGAAGACAAGGUCAACGUUUGCCACGACGAUGCGUUGGCCCACAUGUACACCCUGAUUGCGAAGGAGCUUCGCGCCAAGGAUCCCAAGGGCAAGCCCACCAUGAGCGAAAAGUACGACGUUGUCGAUCUCGAUCCCUACGGCACCGCUGCUCCCUUCCUGGAUGCCGCCGUUCAGUCUGUCCGCGAUGAUGGAGGUCUGCUCUGCGUUACCUGCACUGAUUCCGGUGUGUGGGCCUCCAACGGAUACCCAGAGAAGUGCUACUCCUUGUAUGGCGGCGUCCCUGUCAAGGCGUGGUUCUCCCACGAAGUCGGCAUUAGACUUGUUCUCUACUCGAUCCAAACGGCAGCUGCGAAAUACGGUCUCACCAUCGAGCCACUGCUCUCCCUGUCCAUCGACUUUUACAUUCGAGUCUUCGUCCGCGUCAAGAAAUCUCCCGCUGCUGUCAAGUUCCAGGGCGGCAAGAACAUGAUGGUGUACAACUGCGAUAGCGGCUGCGGAGCUUGGUCAACACAGCUCCUGAUGAGAAACAAGCCUUCGCCGAACAAGAAGGGCUCCGGCGUCUUCUACAAGCACACAUUUGCUCAAGGACCUUCGGUUGAUAAGGGCUGUGAGCACUGCGGUUCCACAAUGCACAUGGCUGGUCCGAUGUAUGGUGGCCGCAUCCACUCACCCGAUUUCAUCAAGCGUGUCCUCGGCGAACUUGAAGAGGCGCCCACGGAUGUUUACGGAACGACGCUGAGGAUAAGGGGUAUGCUGCAGACGGCACUUGAGGAGAUUUUGUUGACCCCCGAGGAACAAGAGGCCGAGAAGGCCAAGGAGGAGGCAAUCAAGGCCGGAAAGAAGCCGGAUCCCGCCUUCAAGGAGGCCGAGCUCGCGGCUAUUGAUCCCUACCCAUUCUACUUCCACCCUGCUACCAUUUCCGGCAUCCUCAAAUGCUCAUGCCCACCAGAGGCACCCCUCAAGGGCGCGCUGCGCGGUCUCGGUUACCGGGUUACAAGGAGUCAUUGCAAGCCGGGUAGCAUCAAGACAGAUGCACCAUGGUCUAUUAUUUGGCAUGUGUUCAGGGAGUGGAUUCGUCAGAAGGCACCCGUGAAGGAGGAUAACAUCAAGCCUGGUACGCCUGGAUACAGGCUGCUGCGACUCGGUGAGAAGAAGAAGCAGGAGGAGCAAGCAGAAGGUGCCGAGGCUCCCAAGGAACAGCAGAGUGAACAAGCGGAGGGAGAGACGAUGCCCGAGGUGGUAUUUGAUGAGCAGCUUGGCCGGGACGACAAGACUAUCAAAUUAGUCAGGUACCAGGCAAACCCAAGAGAGAACUGGGGUCCUCUGAACAGGGCAGUAGGAAAAGUGCCGUCUCACCACCGCAAGGAUUGAUGAUCUUGAGAUAUGAGCGUCCAUAUUUAGAGGUUUGGCAUCAGGAGCGAGCUCCCUUUCCCAGGUGAUGCGAGAAGGAUGCUGGAAUCCGAGGAUAAAGCGAUCCGACAGCCAGUAAGAAGUCUGGUUCGGUAGGCAGCAAUCAAUUAAUGAGAUGCAAUCCUAACAACAAUCCAAAGCUCGAACCUAGGCUUAAAAGCCAGGCACCUGUGUUGUUGUGCGAUUAACUCCGAUCAUCGCGCCGUAAUAUGGGUCGGGGAAUGAUGCCGAGUGGGUGACCCACUCCGUAACGCAUGUCAGCAUCCCUUUUUGGGUCGGCACCGUUCUGCCCGCGGAUGGUGUGAACCGGGGGUGAUAAUAACGCAAUUCGGCGGCUGAGUUUGUACAUACAAGGCAGUGGGUAAUAUGAUAAGAUGGAUUUGGUGUAACUAUACGUGCUUGAUAGCGAGCAAUGAAUGCGC